GAUAAGAUGCGCACGCCGGUGGAACCAACGACCUCUGGCUCUGUGGGGUCUGCCUUAGCGCACUCGGUACGCGUGAAGUCUCCUCUUCAUGAUUUAGUGUGAAGCGCACACUGCAAACGAUGUUGGCGCUCAACAGCUACGGCCUGGUGGCAGUAUCGCGCUCCGGUGUUGCAAGCAAUAACGCCGCUGACCGUGUGAUCCUCCCUCGUCUGUGCGGCAGCGGCCUUCCUGCCGUUCGUGAAAUCCGCUCGCUGACCAAGCUGGACAUCCUGUCGCGUGCGCCCGAGCACCCUUUGUAUCGCACCACGUCAGGCUUCGACUAUGGUUGCUACGUGGAUUCCAAGGACCUGGCGCUCAGCUGCCCCAAACACGCGAGGCCCGCGGGUUUCACGAAGGAAUUUAUUGCCGGUAACUACACCGACUAUAGCCUCUUGUCACUGGAGAAUACGAAGCGACGGGCCGAGAAAUGGCAGCAGAAGAUGGACGUGCGCACCUCGCAAAUGCGCGUUAAAUACGUCGAGCUGCAGCAAGUGCUGGAGCAGAAGAAGAAGUUGCGUCGCAUUGAGCGGGAGAAGCGACGCCGCGAGAUGGAGAUUUUGCGGCUAGCAGUGGUGCACCUCCAGGCUAGAAUGCGAGGGUAUCUGACGCGAUGCUCGCUCGCGCAGGAGAAGCUGGAACGGGAGACAGAGGCGGCUCUGUGUAUUCAGCAAGCGAGUCGAGCACAUGCACGAGUACGGGCUGCCAAGCAGAUAUUGAAGGCUAAACGACGAGAGAGGCUAGAGUUUUUUGCAGUGAAGAUCCAGCGCAUAUGCCACAACUUCAUCCUGCGCCGACAUGCUACACGCCAGUUGCAGAAGUUGCGAGUGGCCAAACGACAGAAAGCCAUCGCGUUGGAGCAUGAAGUUCAGCGCCAACGCACUGGUGCUGCGAACCAGAUUCAACGUCUGGCACGAGGCCACCUCGCUCGGAAAGAUCUACAGCGUCGGUCGUCCAGUGCGUCAAGUGUGGCAUUUGACAAGGACGACAAGGAGUCGCUGCUCGCAAUCACUGGUCGCAUGCGCAGUCGUGGAGCACGUCGCGUUAUUGCGCAGAUGCAGCAAGUGCGUCGGAAGCACACGAAAGCCACGGUCCGCAUUGCUAGUCCUCCAUUAAAAUGAGCUUACGUACUUUUUUUAGGUACUGUAGUAAAACACCGUGCAUUUCAUCGUCCUCA